AGAGGAUCACUUUCUACAAAUAAGUACUGCCUUCCUAGCAGACAUCAUGAGCUACUGUUCAAACUGCGGCCAAUCAACUGCUUCACGUCAUGGAUACAAGACACCAAGUAGUAUUGCACAAGUAGCAGCAGGGACUCCAAAAAUUUUGAAGCAGUCAUUUGGUACAAGGUUUGAUAAUCUCUCAUCUUUGAGCACUUGGACUGUGAAGGGGCUGUCAAUCUUGCCGUCAGAUAGUACCGCCAUCGAGUCAAUCCCGUUCGCCCACCAGAAUUCCAGUGAAUGGUGCAUGGUGCUUGCAAACCAGUCAGAUGGACUUUACCUGAGCUUUUUGCUGAAAAAGUGCAAAAAUGGAGAGUGUUUAAGAGCAAUGCUGAAAGCUGAUGAGAUUAUUCCUUGUGGUCAAAAACGAGAAGUCUUCCCAAGCAAAUGGUACUCUUUGUCACAAGGAGGAAAAACACAACAGAAUCUUGUGAGGAAGUUGGGUACAUCAAAAAAGGAAGAUGAAGUAAUAUUGCAGUGUGAAAUCCGCAUCCAGUGCAUUACGCAGGACAAGUUGCCUGUGGCAGAGAAAGUUGAGCCAUACAUACAUAUAGUAAAAGGCUUGGAGACAAUGUUUGACAGAGAAGAACUCACAGACUUUGAACUGCAUGCAAGAGGCACAGUUCUAAAGGCACACAGAGCUCUACUGUCUGUACAGAGCCCUUACUUUGCGGCCAUGCUGCAACAACACACGAAGGAAGCAAAGGAGGGCCACGUGGAGGUCAAGGACGUGAGUCCGGAAGUGCUGAAGCAGGUUCUGCUAUACAUGUACAAGGGCGUGGCACCGGCUCUCAAGGACAUGCCGUGGGAUCUUUUAAUUGCUGCUGAUAAGUACCAGCUCCACCAGCUCAAGGGACAGUGUGAAAAUCACAUUGCCAGCUGUUUGAAUGUGGACAAUGCUGCAGAAACUGCCGCUAAUGCUCAAGUUUUCUCUUGUGACAUACUGUGGGGCCGUGCAGUCCUUUACAUUAAACAGAAUCUUUGUAAAGUCAUGUCCACUCAAGGAUGGCGUGACAUAAUAGCCUCACGUCCGGAAGCUGUACAGUGUAUCAGUGAGCUGAUGGCACAAUAA